GUUGCACGUUUGGUUUUCUGACACCUGAAGAUCAUCACGUAGAGGACGGCGAGGGCUACAUAAGCUCAGCUGCUACAGCAGAGCCGCAGCAGUGCACUCUGGGAAAUACACGAGAAACAUGCAGCCCAUAUUGGCAAAAAAUGGAUCGGAAACGCCGGAGCCGGUGAAAGCUCAGGUGACAGGGUCCAUCCCGUCCUGGCUUCAGGGCUCUCUGCUGAGGAACGGACCCGGUCUUUUCUCUGUGGGCAGCACCGAGUACAACCACUGGUUUGACGGCCUGUCGCUCAUCCACAGUUUCACCUUCAGCAACGGUGAGGUGACGUACAGGAGUAAGUUCCUGAAGAGUGAAACCUACAAAAGGAACGUCCAAGCUGACAGGAUUGUCGUCUCCGAGUUUGGAACCAUGAUCUACCCAGAUCCCUGCAAGAACAUCUUUUCCAGGGCAUUCACACACCUCUGCAACGUCAUCCCCGACUUCACCGACAACAACUUGAUCAACAUCAUUCGCUACGGUCAGGACUACUACGCCUCCUCUGAGGUCAACUACAUGAACCAGAUCGACCCUGCUACCCUAGAAACCGUCGGCAGGAUUAACUACAGGAACCACAUCGCUCUGAACUUGGCAACGGCUCAUCCUCACUACGACCACGAGGGCAACACCUACAACAUGGGCACUGCCAUCAUGGGCUUCGGUCGGCCAAAAUACGUCAUCUUCAAAGUCCCAGCGGAUGCUUCAGAUAACAAACACAAGAAGCCGGCCUUGAGUAAAGUUCAACAGGUCUGUUCGGUUCCGUUUCGAUCCACUUUGUUCCCGAGUUACUUCCACAGCUUCGGCAUGACGGAGAACUACAUCGUGUUCGUGGAACAACCUUUUAAACUGGAUAUCAUCAAACUGGCCACCGCCUACUUCAGAGGUGUCAACUGGGGAAGCUGCCUCAAAUUCGAUAAGGACGACAUCACUUUGUUCCACAUCAUCAACCGAAAGACAGGAAAGGCAGCGUCCACCCGUUUCUACAGCGACGCCAUGGUGGUGUUUCACCACAUCAACGCGUACGAGGCUGACGACCACGUGGUGUUUGACCUCAUCAGCUACAAGGACAGCAACCUAUACGAAAUGUUCUACCUCCAGAACCUAAAGCAGGACACCAGCAGCUUCAUCCAGUCCAACAAUAGCAUCAGCCCGCCGGUCUGCCAGAGGUUCGUCCUGCCGCUCAACAUCCACAAGGAAUCUCCCCGAGGAUCUAACCUGGUGACUCUGACAGACACAACGGCGCAGGCGGUGAUGCAGGAGGACGGCUCCGUCUACUGCCGGCCAGACACUCUGUUCGAAGGUCUGGAGCUGCCGGGGAUCAACUACAACUUCAACGCCAAGAACUACAGAUAUAUCUACGGCUCCCGGAUGGAGUGGUCUCCUCACCCCAAUAAGAUCGCCAAGAUCGACAUCGUCACCCGGACACACCUAGAGUGGCAGCAGGAGAACUGCUACCCGUCAGAGCCGGUGUUUGUAGCGUCUCCGGGCGCCGUGGAGGAAGACGAUGGGGUGAUCUUAUCGUCCAUCAUCUCUCCAGAUCCCAACCUGUCUUCUUUCAUGCUCGUCCUCAACGCCAAAACCUUCAAGGAGAUCGCCCGAGCCUCCAUCCCCGCCAGCGUCCACAUGGACCUUCACGGACAUUUCAUCCCCGCCGCCGUCUGACGGCCCACAUACGCGUUGACUAUUUAUUCCUUUGUGUAUAUUCUGCUCCUUUAAUGGAAUUAAUAUGUCUUUAAUACUUUCAAUUACUUAGGUAUUUAGGUAUUCAAUGAUUGCACAAAAACAAAUGUACAUUAAAUUAAAGUGUAUUAAAUGUCCCCCAGAGGAGGAACCGUUUAGAUUCUCUAUAGCGCCAUCCUGAGGUCAGAUCUAUGCAGUGAGUCGUCCUCCGCUGUUUAACUUUAAUCCUGAAGUUUGUCGAGUAAAAACUGAAUGAAUUCAAACAUCCUGAUGUGGUCGUUUAUACACGUUCUACAUUAAAGCUUCAAUUAUUACA